UUUUCCCCCUCAUGCAGUGCCACUGUGUUCAAUGCGUCUCCAAGUGCGCACGACCAAUCUGCAGCAGCGCUCCGCAGACCGCCUGCCAGGCAUCUGGUUGCUCUGCGUUUAUUUCUGGAGGCGCUGCUUUUUGCUCAAUCACCUCCAACAGGUGGACAAGUCGAGUUGGCAUAAACAUCGGUGAAAAUACACCCUGGGGGAGACUGGACGCUUUGCUGUCCACCGAUCCACCGAGGAAACUUCGUUGUUGUUGCUUAUUUUCGUCUCCAGGAUUUGUUGCGCGGUGAGCUGAAUGCGGUGUGCGCCGGUCUGCGCUUUUCCCCCCAAAUAAGACCGAAUGGAAGUCGUGAUCAAAACGGACCAAAUCUGGAUGUACAGUGGGAGUACUGUCAAGUCUCCAAAUAUGAGAGGGGAGAAUGCAGACUAGACUAAAAACCAAGAGAAAGACGGACUGGCAUAACAAGACACCAAGACAUUAACAAGCAGGCUCUUCAUGCAGAUCCACCCUGCAGUUUGUUUGUUUUUCAACAAAUGGGGGGAUGCUCAAUUCAAGAAGUUAAGGCGGGUGAUCUUUUGAAGCUUAACGUGUCUGUUUUAUUAGUCCUCAUGUGCUCUUGGGAUAUUUUCCAAAGGAAGAAAAUUGAUCUCCAUAAGUGAAGUUCCAAUGCACAACGUCCCACAGUGUGAACUCCCCCAGUCUGGCAGCAGCUGUAGCAGUGUUAGCAGGGUGCUGGUAAGCUGAAGCCCGGGGAGAUGUCACAACUAUACUACCGGCGGAGUGACAGCUCCUCGUACCGGGACCGCAUCCCAUUGAGAAUUGUGCGGGCCGAGUCGGAGCUGUCACCUUUGGAGAAAGCCUACCUCGGAGCUGUGGAGAAGGGGGACUAUGCUAGUGUCAAACAAGCUCUGGAGGAGGCAGAGAUCUAUUUCAAGAUCAACAUCAACUGCAUCGACCCUCUCGGCCGCACGGCUCUGCUGAUUGCCAUUGAGAACGAGAACCUGGAAAUCAUUGAGCUCUUGCUGAGCUUCAGCGUCUACGUUGGCGAUGCCCUGCUGCAUGCAAUCCGCAAGGAAGUGGUGGGAGCUGUGGAGCUGCUGCUAAAUCACAAGAAGCCUAGUGGCGGCAUGCAGGUUCCUCCUAUCUUAUUGGACAAGCAGUUCUCUGACUUCACCCCUGACAUCACUCCCAUCAUCCUUGCUGCCCACACCAACAACUAUGAAAUUAUCAAGCUUCUGGUGCAGAAAGGUGUGUCUAUGCCACAGCCACAUGAGGUGCGCUGUAACUGUGUGGAGUGUGUGUCUAGUUCAGACGUGGACAGCCUGCGGCACUCACGCUCACGUCUCAACAUCUACAAAGCCCUGUCGAGUCCCUCUCUAAUUGCGCUCUCCAGCGAGGACCCCUUCCUCACUGCGUUCAGGCUCAGCUGGGAGCUGCAGGAGCUUAGCAAGGUGGAGAAUGAGUUCAAAUCAGAGUAUGAGGAGCUGUCUCAGCAGUGUAAACAAUUUGCCAAGGACCUCCUGGACCAAACAAGAAGCUCCAGAGAGCUGGAGAUGAUCCUCAACUACAGAGAUGACACCAACUUAUUGGACGAGGAGGGCAACAAUGACCUUGCAAGACUAAAACUUGCUAUCAAGUACCACCAAAAAGAGUUUGUAGCUCAGCCAAACUGCCAGCAGCUUUUGGCAUCCCGGUGGUAUGAUGAGUUCCCCGGCUGGAGACGUCGCCAAUGGGCAGGGAAGUUCUUCACCUGUGUCUUCAUCGGCCUCCUCUACCCUGCGUUUGCUCUCUGCUACCUCAUCGCUCCUAAAAGUCGCUAUGGCCUCUUCAUCCGUAAGCCCUUCAUCAAGUUUAUCUGCCAUACAGCGUCCUACCUGACCUUUCUUUUCCUGCUGCUCCUCGCCUCCCAGCACAUUGUCACCACAGAGCAGGACAGGCAGGACAGACAGGGGCCGGCACCAACCACUGUGGAGUGGAUGAUCCUGCCCUGGGUACUGGGAUUCAUCUGGGCAGAGAUCAAACAAAUGUGGGAUGGUGGUUUCCAAGACUACGUACAUGACUGGUGGAACCUGAUGGACUUUGUCAUGAACUCUCUAUACUUGGCCACCAUAUCUCUCAAGAUUGUAGCCUACACUAAGUACAGUGGUAGUAAACCCAGGAACCAGUGGGAGAUGUGGCACCCAACACUAGUAGCUGAGGCAGUGUUUGCCAUAGCGAACAUUUUCAGUUCCCUGCGCCUCAUCUCGCUGUUUACAGCCAACUCUCAUCUGGGGCCACUGCAGAUCUCUCUGGGGAGAAUGCUGCUGGACAUCCUGAAGUUCCUCUUCAUCUAUUGUCUGGUCCUACUGGCCUUUGCUAAUGGGCUGAACCAGUUGUACUUUUACUAUGAGACGAAGGCUUCAGAUGAGAAGGGCAAAUGCAAAGGCAUCCGCUGUGUGGAGCAGAAUAACGCUUUCUCCACAUUAUUUGAGACCCUGCAGUCUCUCUUCUGGUCAAUCUUUGGUCUGAUCAGCCUCUAUGUGACCAACGUGGAUGCAGACCAUCAGUUCACUGAGUUUGUAGGCGCCACCAUGUUUGGCACCUACAAUAUCAUCUCUCUGGUGGUUCUCCUCAACAUGCUCAUAGCCAUGAUGAACAACUCCUACCAGCACAUUGCUGAUCAUGCCGACAUUGAGUGGAAGUUUGCCAGGACAAAGCUGUGGAUGAGUUACUUUGAAGAAGGGGCCACUCUGCCUGCCCCAUUUAACAUCAUCCCCAGCCCCAAAUCAUUCUUGUACCUCAUCUGCUGGAUCAAGAAGCAAGUGUGCAAAAGGACGAGCUCCAAGCGGCCCGAAACUUUUGGAACUCUCGGGAGGCGAGCAGCAGAGAACCUGAGGAUGAACCAUCAGUAUCAGGAGGUAUUGAGAAACUUGGUGAAACGUUAUGUGGCCGCUAUGAUCAGAGAUGCAAAGACAGAGGAAGGCCUGACUGAAGAAAACUUCAAGGAGCUGAAACAAGAUAUCUCUAGUUUUCGUUACGAGGUGAUGGGCAUGAUGAAGACAGGAAAGCCUGCUCUACAGGGGGCGAAGGCCAGUGGGAGCUCAGUGGACUCCAGUCUUGCUUACUCCAGCUCUUCACUCGAGGUUUCUCCCUGUCCUCAGAGCAGCCAGGUGAAAAGCAAACUCAACCGAUUCAAGAUCAUCACAUCCAUCCUCAAGCAGGGCACUUCUACAGCUUCACCCAGGCCGCCUGAAGCCUCCAACGGUCUACCUAACGGACUCUUGUCCCCGGUCUCUGAUGAGAGUUCCAGUGAAAAGUCUAACCAGAGGAGAAAUUUCCCCAAAGAUAUCACUGACUUUGGGUUGUUCCAGAAACGCCACUGGGGUGGCAAUGAAGAUGCAUCAGGCACAUUAGAAAUUUCCAGAAAGAUGUACUCUUUGUCAGAGGAAGCAGGGGAGUCUGGGGGCUCAGACGCAGAGGGCCAGGACAAAGAGCAUACAGUAAAAGGCAAGGAUAAGAAGGGACUCCUGGAGACAAAAAAGGAGGAAGAAGCCGCUGUAAAUGAGCCCCUGAUUGAAAAUAGCGAGGUCUCCAACACCAACAACAGCUUGGAUGAAGGUGGGAAAAAAGAAACUGAGGGGAAGGACAAAGAGAGUUUACCCUGCAGUGACUCAGUAGCUGAUGGAUGUUUGUCAGGGUCAUCUAGAGAAGAAGCAUAAGAUGUGACAAUACAUGCAUAUAAAUACAGGACAAGUAAUGCUGGGCUGAAGACUGACAAUCAAUGUGAGCUUCGAGGGAGGAUGACCAGCUUUGAUCUUUGGAGACUCAGGGAGGCCUUUGGUUUCAGUGUUUUUAAAUGCUGUUAUAUGGAGAUGCUGGAGUGGAGAUGCAGCAAAGGUAAACGGAGCUCCGUGUGAGCAUCACAAGGAUUUAGAUUUUAGGAUAAAGUCAUGUCAUCUUAUCUCAUCCCUGCAGAUAAUUGGAAGGUUUAUUAUUUCUUGAAACAUAAUUUUCUCCUUCUUUAACCUCCUCUCUCUCCUUGACCCUUAUCUGACAUGUGCCCUUUUUUUCAAGUUAUCCACCAUUCACCAUACUCUCCUUCAUCAAUUUCUCUCUACCUCUUUCCCUUUCCUGUUUAUCUCAACACUGCUUAACUCUCCCUAUCCUUAUCUCACUAGAGCAAUAGAUGUGUUCUGUUUUAGACCCGACUCUCUGCCUUACUCUGUCUGUUUCGGCACUUUACACACUUUAUACUGGCAUACAGUAUUAGUCAAAGAUGUGUCAAGCUCUUAUCAUGCAACAACAAUUCUGUCAAUGUUUUUCUAUGCAAAAACCUGGGAUUGGUGAUUCUCAUCGUGGAAGAGGAUAAUGGUACAUUUAAUCGUGACAGUCUAUUACAAGUGUUCUCAUAUGUAAGGUAGCCGACUGUCAAUUAAAGAAUAAUAAGAGAUAUACAAUAUGGACACAGCCUAUCAACCAUUAAAAGCAACAUAUUAUUCAUUAUUUAUCGCUACUACAGAAAAUAAACUAGUUAUUUUCAACAAAUUUGCUGUUUUUAACUUUAGAUGUCAUGUUAGUUUGAAUGAAUGAUGUUAUAGAGAUUAAAAUAUAGAUAAAAAAUAAA